UUCUCUCCAAGAAGGAAACCAAAGGAAAUUUAAAAAAAAAAAAAAUCCUUUGAUAUUUCCUUCGAUUUGAUCUCAUUUUCCCUCUCUCAAAAUCCAUAGAUUCGUAAAUCAAACAUAAAAAAAUCCUUUCAUUUCGAUCAAUAAUUCCUGUUAUAAAAUGGCGGCAAUCACUCAAAACGGUUCUUUAGACAGUUUUUGCACCACCACAGCCAACGGUUCCACCGCCUUCGCAGCCGAUCCAUUGAACUGGGGCGUUGUGGCCGAAUCGUUGAAAGGAAGCCAUUUGGACGAAGUGAAACGGAUGGUGAUGGAGUAUCGGAAGCCAUUGGUGAAACUCGGCGGAGAGACAUUAACGAUCUCUCAAGUCGCGGCGAUUGCAGCGCACGAUUCUGGUGUCAAAGUUGAACUCUCCGACGAUGCGAGGGCUGCCGUUAAAGCUAGUGCCGAUUGGGUGCUUGAUGGGAUGAAUAAAGGCACUGAUAGCUAUGGCGUUACUACUGGUUUUGGCUCUACUUCUCAUCGGAGAACCAAACAAGGCGCUGCGCUUCAAAAAGAGCUUAUUAGGUUCUUGAAUGCUGGGAUUUUUGGCAAUGGAACCGAGUCAUGCAACACGCUUCCUCACUCAGCAACGCGGGCAGCCAUGCUCGUUAGAAUCAAUACUCUGUUACAAGGAUAUUCUGGUAUCCGAUUUGAGAUUUUAGAAGCCAUUACUAAGCUUUUAAACCACAACAUUACCCCAUGUUUGCCCCUCCGCGGUACUAUUACGGCCUCGGGUGAUCUCGUUCCGCUUUCCUACAUUGCUGGAUUACUCACCGGCAGGCCGAAUUCCAAGGCUGUUGGACCAGAUGGAAAAUCCCUCAAUGCCGAGGAAGCCUUUCGUGUAGCUGGUAUCGAUUCCGGAUUCUUCAUGUUGCAGCCUAAAGAAGGGUUGGCUCUUGUCAAUGGUACCGCGGUUGGUUCAGGUUUGGCUUCCAUGGUUCUUUUUGAAGCUAAUGUACUUGUUGUUUUGUCCGAGAUUUUGUCUGCGGUUUUUGCUGAAGUGAUGAACGGUAAACCUGAGUUUACGGAUCAUUUGACACAUAAAUUGAAGCAUCAUCCGGGACAAAUUGAGGCCGCUGCGAUAAUGGAACAUAUACUCGAAGGGAGUUCAUAUGUUAAAGCAGCUAAGAAAUUACAUGAAAUGGAUCCGUUGCAAAAACCGAAACAAGAUCGGUACGCGUUACGGACUUCUCCGCAAUGGCUUGGUCCUCAGGUUGAAGUGAUCCGAUUUGCAACCAAAUCGAUCGAAAGAGAGAUUAACUCUGUCAACGACAACCCUUUGAUCGAUGUCUCGAGAAAUAAGGCCUUACAUGGUGGCAAUUUCCAAGGUACCCCGAUUGGUGUCUCGAUGGAUAACGUUCGCUUGGCUAUUGCUGCUAUAGGGAAACUUAUGUUUGCUCAAUUCUCGGAACUUGUUAACGAUUUCUACAACAACGGUCUCCCAUCUAACCUCUCCGGUGGUCCAAACCCAAGUCUUGAUUAUGGUUUCAAGGGAGCCGAAAUUGCAAUGGCUUCCUAUUGUUCUGAGCUCCAAUACUUGGCUAAUCCAGUCACGAACCACGUUCAAAGUGCCGAGCAGCACAACCAAGAUGUGAACUCAUUGGGGUUAAUCUCAUCUCGGAAAACCGCCGAGGCCGUUGAUAUCUUAAAGCUUAUGUCCUCCACAUACUUGGUGGCGCUUUGCCAAGCUAUCGAUUUAAGACAUUUAGAAGAAAACUUAAAGAACACGGUAAAGAACAUCGUGAGCCAAGUCGCUAAGAAGACCCUCACGACCGGUCCCAACGGCGAGCUUCACCCUUCGCGGUUCUGCGAAAAGGACUUACUCAAAGCCGUGGACCACGAAUAUGUUUUCUCAUACAUUGACGACCCUUGCAGCGCUACGUAUCCGUUGAUGCAAAAGCUAAGACAAGUCCUCGUUGAGCACGCUUUGAGCAACGGCAACAACGAGAACAACGCUAGCACUUCGAUCUUCCAAAAGAUUGCAGCUUUCGAAGAAGAAUUGAAGACCCUAUUGCCGAAAGAGGUCGAGAACUCGAGGGUUUCCAUCCAGAACGGAAACCCAGCAAUCCCAAACAAGAUCACGGAAUGCCGGUCUUACCCGCUGUACAAAUUCGUGAGGGAAGAGCUUGGGACUGGGUUGCUAACCGGGGAAAAAGUGAAGUCCCCUGGUGAGGAAUUUGACAAGGUGUUCAUUGCUAUGUGCCAAGGGAAGGUAAUUGAUCCAAUGCUUGAAUGUCUUAAAGAAUGGAACGGUGCCCCACUGCCAAUUUGCUAGUUUUUUUCUUUUUCAAUUUGGUCCUUGGAAAUUUGUUUUGCAAUCUGUUUCUUUGUUUGUAAUUUGUUAAAUAAGUUAUAACUAUAUAUAUUGGGAUCAAAGUUGGAUUUUAAGUA